AUGAAGACCUUCCACAAAGUCGUCUACAAGCCCGACUCGCAAUCCACCGACGAAUUCAUGGUCAUCGUCAACGCCGAAGAGUACAAGAAAUGGAUCAAGGGUGACAAGACCAUCCCUCUUGCAGACGUCGUCGACUCGUUCGACGUCUUCCACACGGGCACAGGCGCCCAAGGCAUCAUGGGUCGUCCCAGCAAACAACAGCUCGAAACCGUCUUUGACAGCAGCAAGGACGUCGAUGUGGUAACGCACGUUUUGGAACGUGGUCAACUCCAAACAGCCAGCCACAAAGAAGCCUACAGUACAACAAACGACUCGAACCAGGGUCAGAACACUACUUCCAAGGGCUCAGCUGCUGGCUUUGGUGGGCGUUGA